GAAUGAUGAUGUGUGUAUAUGAGUAAGUAAGUAAGCAAAAAAAAGUGGGCCAAUAUAGAAAAAAAUGCCAUGUGAGUAUCCAUAAAUCUAUCUCAAUCUCUCAAUUCUCACACACACCCCCCUUUCAUCAUAUUUAAUUGUUUCUGACACUCCCACCUCAACAAGCAAAAAACAAAACAUAAAUAAUCAAACAUGAUUAGAAGAAACAUAUAACCAACCAAGCAAACAAAGUAACCAUGUUGUGUAGAUCUAAUAUAUACAAAUAACACCAUUGCAUUGCACCACUUUUUCAACUCUCUUAGAUCUUGUUCUUGCUGUUGUAGUGACAGUGUCAUCACUUACCAUGAUGAAUGGAAGAUAUGGAAGAGAGUCUCUUUAUGGAUCCAUUAACCAUAACAGAAGAAGUAACACUUUCAAUCAUUCUAAUGGUGUUUCCAACCAUGAUGAUAACUCUCUUGAUCUCUUCUCUAACAAUCGUCGUUCUCUCUCUUUACCUUCUUCAGAUGACUCUUCUGAUGUUUCUGUGAAAUUGGGGAGACUCUCGGUUGGAGCAGCGAAACCGGCUAGAAAUGGGAUUGAGGAUAUGUUGUCAUCUGUAGAAGGAGGAAAGCAUGAUUAUGAUUGGCUUCUCACUCCCCCGGGGACCCCGGUUUUUCCAUCAUCAGAAAGUGAAUCACAAUCAACCUUGGCGCCUCCAAGAAGAAGUUUGAGUAGAUCAACUUCUACUACUAAGGCCUCAAGGCUUUCAGUAUCACAAUCUGAGAGCAACAAUCAUUCUAGUAGACCAGCAAGAAGCAGUUCAGUGACUCGCCCUUCGGUCUCCACUUCACACUCACAAUAUAACAACAACUAUUCUUCAAACAGAUCCAACUCCGCAAAUAUCCUUAACACAAGCUCAGCCUCAGUUUCAUCUUACAUUAGGCCAUCUUCUCCUGUUACCCGCUCGACAUCUUCGGCAAGGCCUUCCACUCCUACUUCCCGUCAAACUGCAUCAAGGUCCUCGACACCCUCUAGAAUACGUUCAGUUUCCACCAGCUCUGCUGUGGAAAAACCUAGACCAACGUCACAAAGCUCAAGGCCAUCCACUCCUAGUUCUAGGCCUCAGGUUCCUGCAAACUUACAUUCCCCAUCUGCACCAUCAACUCGGUCAUUGUCCCGUCCUUCUACUCCAACUCGUAGGAGUUCAAUACCCUCUUUAUCUCCUUCGUCUACAAUAAGUUCUUCAAUUUCAGCCGGACGUCCUUCAUUGAGCGGACGUAGUUCGGCACCAUCAUCACGGGCAAGCUCACCAAGUCCACGAGUCCGAGCCCCGCCACAGCCAGUUGUUCCACCUGAUUUCCCCCUUGAUACACCACCAAACCUUAGAACAACAUUACCUGAUAGGCCACUAUCUGCAGGCAGGUCCCGUCCUGGUGCAGGCACUUUGAAGGGAAAUAAUUCUGAACCUCAAGCGUCAGUUAAUAUGCCAAGGCGACAUUCAUCUCCUAUUGUCAGUAGGGGAAGAUCAACAGAACCUGUCAGUAAAAGUCGUGGCUUUGCCAAUGGCCAUCAUGCUGAUGUUCUUGAGCCGAGGAAAGUGUCACAUGCUCCUGAGGUAGUUUCAAGAAGAUCGGUUAAGGCCUCAACCACUGCACCUGACAACUCUGGAUUUGGGAGGACUAUCUCAAAGAAAUCCUUGGAUAUGGCUAUCAAGCACAUGGAUAUAAGGAACGGCUCAGGAAAUCGUGCACUAUCAAGCACCACACUCUUUCCGCAAAGUAUUCGAAACUCCACUCCCAAGAGCCAAUCUUAUCGUGGUUCAAGUGCUCCACCAACAUCUAUCGAAGUGAACAGAAACCUCCUAAACAAAAACAAUGGAAAUCAUUUUGAUGUGGUAAACGGUAUCAAUAGAAAUAUGAUAAAAGGAAGAGAGAUAGAUGAAAGACAAUACGCAGCAAAACUGAGUGAAAUUGACAUCUACGAGAGUUCUCGUUACGAUGCACUGUUGCUUAAAGAAGAUUUAAAGAAUACAAACUGGCUACAUAGUGCUGAUGAUAAAAUUGAUCAAGGCUCGUUAUUAUUCGAUAAUGGAUUUGAGAACCUGCCUGAGCCUUUUGGCCUCUUAUAGCAUCUAAAGAGGUUGUGCUUGAUGCAUUUGUAAGAUGUUAUUUAUGUUCCAUUUCUUAUAAAGCUCCAAGUUGAAAAGAAAGUAAAGAUGCAUUGUAUGUUUUCUGCAAUAUGCAGAGAAAUUAGUGGAUUUAAAUUUGAUUUUACUCUUAUACAAUAAUAUGCAGAAAAAAGAUUAAAUGAUAUAUAGGUUCAACUUUCUUGGGUGGAUGAGAAUUUUCAUACAAAAGUUUUUGUAUGCACUUGUCAAAAGUUUUUGUGCAAACAAUGUGUUUGAGUGUUUAUUUUCCUCUUGGCAAUGAACACUAAAGUUGAGUUUAGUUGAAUUUUACAUAAAUUACUUUCUCC